AUCAUUAAGAUCUAUGCCAAUCGAAUAUAAGCGUUGUUCUUCCUUCUGCAAAUAUCUGAUGUUUCACAACGCUAGAUUCGAGUAACAGAAACCGUGUACAUCUAGAUUUUUCAAAUAUUCAGCAGGCUGAGUGUUAUCGUUAGAAUUCAACAAUAACUGCUUGCAUCAAUUUGUUGCCUAUAAACCGAACUUCUCUUUUCUCUCAAGUUCAUUUUAAAUAUUUAAAAGAAAAAGGGAGGCAUCGCGGUUGUUGCGUUGUUUCUAUUUUAUUCAAAGAUCGAGCAUUGAAAAACAAACACCUUACGCCGUUGUGAGUUCUGACCCCCAGAGUGGCUCGGAACAGCAGUUAAAGAGAGAAAAGGAAAAGCUAGAUAGUUUGAAUCUUUCAUGGUAGGAUUUGUGCCAAUGUCUGAGCAGAAGAUUGUAGCUGUGAUUGGUGCAACGGGUUAUCAAGGAGGCGGACUUGUCCGAGCCAUUCUCAACGAUCCGGAUGGGGGAUUCGCUGUUAGAGCUAUCACGUCAGACCCUUCCUCAGCUAAAGCUAAAGCUCUACUGGCUCAAGGAUGUGAGGUUGUCCAAGGCAACUGGAACGAUAAAGAAAGUUUGAUGCAUGCUUUCAAGGGAGCAUUUGGAGUUUACUGCGUGACCAAUUUCUACGAGACUUUUAGUCCAGAAGGAGAAAUGAAACAAGCUAAAAACAUGGCUGAAGCAGCCAAAGAGGCAAGUGUCCAGCACGUGAUCUGGUCAACGCAGGAGGACACUCGACGUUGGAUUCCGAUUGACGAUGAUUCCAUGCCAACGCUCAUGGGAAACUACAAAGUGCCGCAUUUUGACGCAAAGGGAGAAUCAGACACCUUUUUCGAGGAGUUGAGGGUUCCCACAACAUAUUUUCUGACCCCUUUCUAUUUUGAAAACAUCGUCACAUAUAAGAUGGGACCUCAAAGGACAGAGGAAGGAUCGUUGGUGUUCAAUUUGCCCUUAGGUGACAAGAAAUUGCCUUCAAUUGCUGCCGAAGACAUAGGAAAGUCAGCUUACGGAAUUUUCAAGCGAGGUCCCAAGCUUAUUGGAAAGUACGUAGGCGUGGCGGCAGAACAACUUUCUGGUGCCGAAAUGGCAUCACAGAUGUCUGAAGUUGUCGGUGAAACAGUUGUAUACAAAGCAGUGCCCUAUGAUGUCUAUCGUGGCUUUGGAUCCAGCUUUGUUGCUCUGGGGAACACUUUUCAGUUCUUUCAUGACUUCCAAGAUUAUUUCCUUGGGGCUCGCCCAGUCGAAAGCACUCGAGAAUUGAACCCUCAGUUGACGUCUUUCAAAGACUGGCUCGCUGCCAAUAAAAACCAGAUCAUAUACAACCCAGCGAAUGAAACAUCUGUAGCUGAGGCUAGUUUUGCGGUACCGAUGCAGUUUAAUUCAACGCAGUAGACUUGACCAACACUAGAAAGCAAAAUGUUUGGAAAAAAUGCCGUUAUAAAGGCGGGCUAUUGUAAUGACAGAUUGUUAACUGGUCCUAGAUUUAGCAAUUAUAAGAAUCAAAGAGUAAGUGUAAAGCGAGUAUCAGUUUGCAGGCCAAUAGUUUGAAUCAAACAAAUUCAGAAGAUCAAAUUAUCUUGUUU